GGACUUUGACCAUGGGGACCCUGUCCAGCAUUGGCAAGCGGCGUUGUAAGCGGAGGCGCAGGAAACGUUCGGAGAGGAGAGACAGAAGCAAUCUCCGCCAGUCAAGAAACCAGCCAAAGUGUUUCACCAUGGAUAUAGAUGAUGAAGAAAAUAUGAGUUCCAGCAGCGCCGAUGUCAAGGAAAACCGCAACCUGGACAACGUCCCGCCCAAAGACGGCGGCGCCCAGAGUGCAGGGGAAGCGGCUCAGCUCACCAACGGAGGAGGCGGUGGCGCCGGCAGGAAGCGGCCCCUGGAGGAUGGCACCAACGGCCACUCCAAGUUCCGUCUGAAGAGGAGGAAGAAGAUCCCAGGGCCCAUUUUACCCAAGAAUGCCCUGAUGCAGCUCAACGAGAUAAAGCCUGGCUUGCAGUACAGACUCCUCUCCCAGACAGGACCCGUGCAUGCACCUGUCUUCGUCAUGGCAGUAGAGGUGAACGGACAGGCCUUUGAAGGCUCAGGCCCCACCAAGAAGAAGGCCAAGCUGCACGCUGCCGAGAAGGCCUUGCGCUCCUUUGUCCAGUUCCCCAAUGCGUCCGAGGCUCAUCUAGCCAUGGGCAGGACCCUCUCGGUCAAUACCGACUUUACGUCGGAUCAAGCCGACUUCCCCGACACCCUUUUCAAUGGAUUUGAAACUCCCAUUCAGUCGGACGCUCCCUUUUAUUUGGGUUCCAAUGGAGACGGCGGCUUCAGUCCCAGCGCAGACUAUGGCGUGUCAGUGUCUGCUGCCCCCAGUGCCCUGAUACAAUCACCCCUUCCCCUCCCCAUACCCUACCCAUCUGCGAGUGGCAAGAACCCCGUGAUGAUCCUGAAUGAGUUACGGCCGGGCCUCAAGUAUGAGUUUCUCUCCGAGAGUGGAGAGAGCCAUGCCAAGAACUUUGUCAUGUCGGUGGCUGUAGACGGACACAACUUCGAGGGGUCAGGGCGAAACAAGAAGCUGGCCAAAGCCCGUGCUGCCCAGUCUGCUCUUGCCUGCCUCUUCCACAUGCAGCUGGACCAGACGCCGUCUCGGCAGCCCAUCCCCAAGGAGGGCCUCCAGCUCCAUCUGCCACAGGUUCUCGCAGACUCCGUGGCCCGCCUGAUCGUGGAGAAGUUUAGUGACCUGACGGACAACUUCACAUCCCCCCACGCGCGGAGAAAAGUGCUUUCUGGUGUUGUCAUGACGACAGGCACAGAUGUCAAAGAUGCUCAGGUGAUAAGCAUCUCCACAGGAACCAAAUGCAUCAAUGGAGAGUACAUGAGUGACCGCGGCCUGGCUCUAAAUGACUGUCAUGCAGAAAUCAUAUCUCGGCGAUCCCUGAUUCGGUUUCUUUACACGCAGCUUGAACUUUUCUUGAGUACGAGGGAGGACCAGCAGAGAUCCAUUUUCAUGAAAUCCCAGCGUGGAGGUUUCAGGCUGAAGGAGACAGUCCAGUUUCAUCUCUAUAUCAGCACCUCUCCAUGUGGAGAUGCCAGGAUCUUCUCACCCCACGAGGCAGCACAAGAUGAUCAGGCAGAUAGACAUCCAAACAGGAAAGCAAGAGGACAGCUCCGGACCAAGAUUGAGUCUGGAGAGGGGACCAUUCCUGUGAGGUCAACGACAACCAUCCAGACCUGGGACGGGGUGUUACAGGGUGAGCGGCUGCUCACCAUGUCCUGCAGUGACAAGAUUGCCAGGUGGAACGUGUUGGGCAUUCAGGGAUCCUUGCUGAGCCUUUUUGUGGAGCCCAUUUACUUCUCUAGCAUCAUCUUGGGGAGUCUGUACCAUGGGGACCACCUUUCCAGAGCAGUGUACCAGCGGAUCUCAGACAUAGAAGAGCUUCCACCUCUGUAUACGCUCAACCGACCUUUACUUAGCGGAAUCAGCAAUGCCGAAGCUCGACAACCAGGGAAAGCUCCAAACUUCAGCGUCAACUGGACGGUCGGGGACCCCAAUCUGGAGAUCAUUAAUGCCACCACCGGGAAGGAUGAGAUGGGCCGCGCAUCUCGUCUCUGCAAACAAGCGCUUUACAGUCGCUGGCUACGCAUCCAUGCCAAGCUCUCCUCCAACAUGCGCACCAAGAUCAGCAAGCCUCACCUGUACCAUGAGUGCAAGCAAGGUGCCAUGGAGUACCAGUCUGCCAAAGAGUCACUCUUCAAGGCCUUCCUCAAAGCAGGCCUCGGAGCCUGGGUGGAAAAGCCCAUCGAGCAGGACCAGUUCUCUCUCAACUGCACACCCUGACUCGGGGGACGAGAGGUUGUUCUGGACGGCACCUGGACACCCAGUCGUCACCUGGCGCCUCUGCCACAAUGAGCCCUCCUGCGCGUGCGCGUGUGCACACCCUCUCACAGCUCACACAUGCACACACAUUCACUGCACACACACAUACACACACACACACAGCCGUUAACAUAUGCAAGCUUUCACAACUGCACACACAUGCACACACGCUCAGACAGCUACACACACACACACACACACACACACACACACACACACGCGCACACACACGCGUGCACGCAGACACCCUUUUUAGAAUUAACCAGCAACUGCUUUCAGUCCCUUUUCAUGUUUUGGAAAUCUCAUUGUUAGCUUGUUUAAUUUUAUUUUUGAAAACUCGAGUGUAGUUAUCUAGCAAAUCCAUCUGUCUUACAGCGGCUACAUUGUAGACUGGGUCUAAUUUUUACAUCUCCCCUUGAGUCAGACCCCGGCCCUGGAGCUCCCCUUCCCCCACGUAAGGCAAUACAGGCAGGUGCACUACCAUGUACAUACUUACAUUGGGGUUUUCACAGCAUUUUUAGGAUGUGGUUUGAAUUUUUCUAGAACUCAGCUACAAAAUCCAUUUCUGCUCCUUCAUAAGCUUUCUGUGAGUGAGAGAGGAUGUGCGUGAUGAGGCUACAAAGCCAGAAGGAGAGCCUGCUUGUCCCUACCUCCUGGUCCUUUAAAAAACCAGCUGCUGAGAAAUGGUCGUCAGCGUGUGUAUUUAUUAAUCUGUGACCCGGUUCCAAGUACUUGACCUUACCUCCCAUUUCCAUGUGGUGUAAAGUCUUUGUUUUUUUAUCAUUAUCAACUGGAAACCAAGUAGAGGUCAUUUGUAAGUUCCUCAAUUAGGUCUGUAUAACAUAGAAGUUGACUCUUAGUAGCUGAUUUCUCUCCUGUCUCCCCGAUAGUUAUAUAUAUCUAUAUCUAUACAUACACACACGCACAUAUGCACACACACACACACACACGUAUAUCUAUAUCUAUAUAUAUAUAUCUAUAUACACACCCAGGAGUUCAGAGUACAAUCACAGCUUUAGCAUUACUAGGGCACCUUUAAGAACCAGCGUGAUUAGUUAGGAAAGUUUGAAUGCCAGCACAAUGUUUGAGUGCCAGCCCUGCUGCCUCUCCUCCUUCCUAAGUAACUGGGAGGGCCCUUUGGGAAGAUCUUCUUUGUGAACCUUAAUUCCAGGAUUCUUCCCUGAUCUGUCUGUGUUCAUCCUUAAUUUGACCCCUAGGUCCCAUGGGAGGGGGGGGUUGUCCCGUGGAACUUGAAUCUGCCGACCUAAUGGCCAGCUGGUGGAGAUUUGGGGGCUGGGCCAGGUGACCGAAAGCUCCCUAUGUUUGCUCAGAGUGCUAGUGCAAGAUGGCCUUGGGUUUCUUUUUAGGCUUUCCUAUCCACAUCUGCACAUGGAGCCAGCACAAAACUGAUGGAGGAAAUGGGAUCAGAAGCUGCUUCUGCCCAUCAGACCUUUGGGUAGAAGGGUCAUAAUGGCUUGACUCAGAGCUACCUUCCAUGUCUCGUCUCACGGGUCCAUUGCCAAGGAUGGCUUUCCAGGCCAUUUGGUAGGAGGCACCUCUCCCCUAAGUGGAAGUCUCAGAGGAGAGGAACAGUCUCAUUUACCUAAUGUAGCAGCAGCAUCCCAUGGUCCGAGCAGCCAUGGAUCAGGGCCUGUGCUAAGGAAAGGUAACCAUUGCUGCUGCCCAAACAUGUUGACUAUUCAACUCCCAGAGCAGCAACUACCUCAGCCUGGGCCACUCCUUUUGGGUUAACCUACACAUGGCCAGAAAUGAUGAGAAGGCAAGAAAGCAGCCUCACCCAUCAGGGGUGAAUUAUAGAAACGAUUUAUGUCGUAACAAUUAACAUUCAGCUUCAGAUCCUUGUAAAAGAAAGGACAUUUGAUUUCCAAAUGGGAGAAAAAGGAGCUUUGGCAACUGUGAACAUUUUUUGCUAAAGGGCUCUAAAUAGGUGGAACAUGAGGAAUGAGGAUGAGGAUUUCUGGGAAAAAGAAACUGUAUCCACUCAAACAGAUGGGAAAUAGCUAGCCUAGAAAUUCAGGGUUUGUGUGAGAGGAAAUAGCAGAAAUCUGCAUUGUGUUUAUAAGGGAAUUUUUUUUUCCCUUAAGGGAGGAAUGGUUACUUCUAUAAUUUUCUCAAAUUAUUUUUAAGAAUUUAUUUUUUAAAAAAGUCUCUUUCAGAAUUUGAGCUCUUAGGAAUAGGCCUUUUUAAAGUCCCUAACGUGGUGAAAAGAAUGGGAGCGAUUUUGCACAAAAAUCUUGAACGGUUCAUGUUCAAGGGUAAGGGGCCCGGUGAGGGAUGGCAUCUCCAGGGGGUCUCUUCAUUGUCACGGCGUCUGAUUGGCUUUCUGGCCGGUAACGUUGGUCAGCAAGGAGACGUGGAAGUGGAGGAGGAGGAGCAGGUGAGGGCAUCCAGGAUUGUCUGGGGUUCCCUCUGCCACCAGAAAGAGUUGCCGUGGUCUGAUAGAAAAGACUGGCUCUCUGCAUUCCUUGGCAUUCUCCCCAGCAUCUCUGGUCAAGUCGAGAGCUCAGAUGCCAUGUUCAUCAAACUCGGGACCUCCCCUGCUUCUGCUGCCAUCUCUUUCAUGUCCCCAUGGGUUAAUAGGGCAGCAGUCAUGGAAAGCUUUUAAUUGCUUUAACUUUGAAUAAUCAAAGAUGAAAGUGUGCCCAUUAAAGGCCGUGAAAGUGUGGGGCUCCCCAGGUCUUGCCAGGUCAGGCUGUACCUGUGAGGAUCACUGGUGCUUCGGUUGUUACAGAACAGCAGUGAUGGGUGGUGGCAGCUUCCAGGCUGGCCUCAUACUUUCCUUCUUCCCUAAUCCCCCCUCCUUAUUUUCAUUCUAAUGAGUGAAUAUGAAUGUUUGCCUCAGGAUCAUCACAAAAUUGAAAGAAAAUGAAUUAAGCAGAUGUAAAUACUUGAAAAAUAUAGUAAGGUUUUCUUCAAUUCUCUUCUAGCUUUAUCAAAGACAUGUUUAACAAACUGAAAUGAUUCAGCCUGGAAGGCAAUGAGACAAUAUUGUGUAGGGGUGGGUUGGGUCAUUUGGACAUGAGCCUCAGAAGACUCAGCUAGUUGCCUUGUUACUACACUCAGGAUUAGCGAAGGACUCCACGUGAAGUUGACCUGCCCUUUGCCACUGAAGCACACAUUUUCUGGCUGAGAAGCGGGUCUCCACAGCCCACCUACUGCAAACAUUGGCCACUUCCUAGUAGGGCUCAGAAUGAGAAUAGCUGGGUGGUGCUGCCAGGGGGAGACCACCAGCUGUUGUCCUAGGGAACAUUUUUCAUCUUUCUCAUAGUUGGAGAAACCAGAACAUGUCAAGGAUGAAUACAGUACCCAUCCUCAUCUCUAGUGUUAAAACUCACCACUGUCUGUAUUAGGUGACUGCUGAAUUGCUGGAGGCCGGUUCUCCAUGGCUGUGCUCUGAAGGAGACCUGGUGCUGACUGUGGGGGGUGAGCAGAGCAUGCCGCUGCCAGCCCACGAAAGCCCAUGCCAGAGAAGAAGCUGGGUACCUGAACGGCAUUUGCACAUUGACAGAGGCUUGACUCAUGCUCCCCAUGUCCAAGAAGGGGUCUCUUAUUUACAAAAGACUCACAUCUUGGAGAAUCUCGGCCAUGUCUGCCAGGCGAUCAAACGGAGCCUCUUUUGGUGGUUUUGUUAAAACAGGUUCAAGGUUUGGGUUUUUUUCCUACCUAGAAGCUAACAGGCGUCUGAAUGGUGUCACUGCCAUGUCACUGGGUGGAGGUGACCUCUUGCACUGAAGAAUACCUUGUACGUUGUUGCAUUUUUAUUGUUGUCAAUAGAGAAGAUGUUGUAUUUUUUCUAAGGGGGUGGGGAGAGCUUGUAAUUCAAAUCCUGCUAUUUUUAAGAAAUUGUCUAUUGAAGCGCUGCUCUAAAAAUAUGGGAGAGUCCUCCUGCUUUGUCCAGCACAUCCCGGCUGUGUGAUAGCCAUUCUAAUUCCCUGCUUCUCCUCUAACCCGCUGCUGUGCCCCAGUGUGCCAUGGCUGUGUCCUCCGAGUGGGGACAGAACUCUCCAAGCUUUGCCAGCCCCUCACUGGGAAUCUUUGGUUCCCUGGAUGGAGGAGGCUGACCUCACAGGUGCUGUCCUCUGGAAAUCCAGGCUUUGGGAGCUACCCACAGUCUGUCAUCAAGGGCUUCUCUCCUAAGGAAGGGAUCCCCUUCUACAUGUGAGGUGCCCUGCAUGGCGCAGGACCUGGGUUGAUCCCCAUGGGGGUAAGCGCCUUAUGGGGUCCCCAUGACCCUUUGAGGGUUACCAUGAAAACUAGGGUGAAUAGGCAACAGCUUGCAGGUCUGUGGGGGUGGGAGGGGACAAGGACUCCUGACCUCAUGCCAGAACAAGAAGGUGUCUUUGCCUGCAGCUCCCUAGGUUGCCUGGGCAUGAUCUGAAACCUCCCUUUAGCAAGGGAACACCGGAGCCUGGGUCAUUGGAAAUCUGAAUUGUUCACUCAAAGAUUCAAAUAGUUUAAGAAAAAGAGUCCUCAAAUGGCUUCAAGUGGCAAAUGGCACAAGGUAGAGUUGUAUCUCCCACCACCGUGGGAGUCUGGCAUGGCUGCCUACCAUGAUUUCAUGUUCUUUUAAUGAUCUGGUUUUAUAGCAACUGUCGUUGUCCCCAAAGGAGGUCUCCCUGGAAGAUGGGAGAGAAUGGAGAAUUGUUUGCUCCAAGGACACCCCCCUGGCUCUGGGAGAGAGCUUCCCUUGCCAUGACCCUUUGGCCACCCAUAGAUUGGCUGCUGUGGCUCCAGGGGUCUAGUCACCUGAUGGAAUGGAUGGCUAAGUCCUGUGCCUUCCUGGCUCCUUGGAGCUUCAGCUGGGACCCUGCUAAGGGAGGAGGUAGUGGGUGUCUGUUUGAUGUGGGAGCUUUGUCAUAUGGUAGAAAAUCUCCCACCCCACGCUACCCCCCAAUUUGGUGCCCACAGAGCUAAUCCCCAAGUGAUGCUGUCAUUCUCACCAGUGUGUCUAUCUUGGGGCUACUCAGUGCUCAUGUCUUAGAUUUUUCAGAAAUAGCCCUCAAAGUAACCUACAGCUGCCCCAACAAACAUUUGGAAAGCAUUCUGCCUUUGUAUCCCCAGUGCUUUGCAUACAGCAGGUGCUUAAUAAAUACUUGUAUUGAAUUGAUUUGGUCAGAAUUGGUCUUCAAAGUGUGCCUGGCACUGGAGAUGGUGCUUUGAGGAUGCCAGGCAGGCUGCUGGACAAGAAAAGGCAUCGUUUAAUCUCUGCCUCACUCCCACCCCACCCCACCCUCCCAAAUCAUUUCAGCUGCUAGAAAACUCUGUACCUUAGUGUCUAGGAGUAUUUCACAGUCACCUUCAAAGCAUGGCUGGGUCCUUUACAAGUAUUAAAAUGAGGUCAAAGCACAGGAAAGGGUAACAAAGUUAGUCUGCCUUUGUCAUUCUUAAAUUCUGGGAAAUGAUAGUACUAAUUGAAGGGGGGGUGUUUCAGGUCAAACCCAAACUAAGCAGGGAUGACAGAGGCAGGAAGCCCUGGGAGCCCCCCAGUCUUGGUAAGUCCAUCCCUUCUUCAUCCACGCUAUUCAGCAGCCAGCCCUAUGUGGAUCCAGCGUCCCCCAGUGGCGCCAGAGGUCAGACCAGGCUACGUAUAGGUAGAGGCAGCCAGCCACAGCACUGAUGCAAGCCCUCAGCACCUGGAAUACCAUGAUGGGUCUCCCUGCCUCAAAACUCAGAAGCAGCUUGCUGGUGUUUGGCACCCCCUCCCACCUACCCCCCACUUUGUAUAAUGUGGGCUGGGCUGUGGCCACUUGGUCAGAAGCCUGGCAUUCAGGUAAUGAACGUGGGGUUUCUUUUAAUGGGAUUUUUAAAAGUGCUAUCUCUUGGAACCUUAAUGAGCAGCUGUGGGCUGAAAGACGGGAUUCUAUGGUGAUUUCAGUGUGAUUAGCAAGAGGCUCUCCAAACCCUCUGGGGGCCCAGGCCAUGUCUUGUUAUAUGUUUUGUGCCGACAGUUUCUUUCCUUGACAGAGGAAUCCCUGGACUCCUGUUUCUGUAUUCUGCCCCUCCAAAGACCAUCUCUGGUUGCCCUGACAGCCCUGCUGGGGGGGGCUGUGUCAGGCGCUCACAGCCCAAUCCUCAAAAGCACAGUUUGUGAGGUGUCAGUGGAGGGAGCCCUCAAGGACCUUACAGUCUUCGCUUUUCCAGACUUUGGGUUGUUUUCUUUGGAUUGUGGUUUUAGCAAUUGGUCAAUUUGUAUGAAUAUAAUCCAGCCAAGAAACUUGUCCCUAAGAUUAACCCUGCAGUAUUCUCUGUAUAGAUAGACAAUAUUAUGGCCUGCAUGAGCUUUCUCUCACACUGAGACCUAGCCGGAAACGAGCAUGAGACGCUGUCCUAUGUAGACAAAGGGAUUUAAAGUGUUCGAAAUAAAAAUACAUUUAACUACA